CGACACCGCGAUCACAGUGGCCAGGAAACCCGGAUGCCGAGGAGAGGAAGCGACGAAGCUGCCUCGCGGCUUGCUCCUUGGCAGUUGCGCGUGAACCAUCGAGCGGAGCGGAGCGCUCUCGUUGGUGCCGACGUUGGUGAUUCUGUUCGCCGACCGGCGGCCGAUGGUACGACGUGUCGCGGGAUAAAAGAGGCACCAGCACGAUUUCGAAAUUCACCGUGCGGCUCCAGCAUUCGGCGAGAUCGCAGCUCACGGCUCGCGCAUGAUAUGACCCAGUCUCGCGAGGUCCUGGCAAUGAUGGACGCGCACACGACCACAUUCGGACGUAAGAGGGGUUGCACGAUUUCCCGGUGCGGUGCCUUCUUGCUGGGCGCGUUCUUCCUCAUCUGUUUAGUCGCCACCGGUCUGCUGGUGUACCACUUUGCACCCUGCCUCGAGGAAAAGCAAGCCAAGCAAUGCGAAGAAUCCUUGGACAACACGAUCCUCAUGAGCGCGAGGAAGUUCUCGACGACGUCCAACAAGAAGAAAAUCGACGUGAGACUACCGCGAGCCGUUGUGCCCGAUUCCUACGAGAUAUGGCUGAUACCGUUCAUAUGGGAAAGUAACUUCACUUUCCACGGCGAGGUGAAAAUUUGGGUAAACGUGACGGAGAAUACAAACAAUAUCACGCUGCACGCCGUCGAUAUGAACAUUGACAAGGGUUUUACAAAUAUCAGAGAGCAUGUCAGUAACAACAAGACUAAAAUAGUCGGAAUCGUGGAGCAGAGGAACGACACCGAGCGACAAUUCCACGUGAUUAGAACGUCAGACAGGUUGAUGAAGGGUAAACAGUAUGUGGUGCAUCUCAAGUUCGUCGGCUAUCUGAACGACGACCUGCAAGGCUUCUACAGAAGCUCGUACACCGUCGGCAACGAGACGAGAUGGAUCGCCACGACUCAAUUCCAACCUACAGAUGCACGCCGCGCCUUCCCCUGCUUCGACGAGCCGGCUCUGAAAGCCAAGUUCCAGAUUAACAUAGCGCGGCCUAGAAACAUGACGUCUAUCUCGAAUAUGCCCAUGAGAGGGCAACCGAUGCCAGUGCCCGGCUUACACACGUACGUGUGGGAUCAUUACGAGCGUUCUGUGCCGAUGUCUACGUACUUGGUGGCCUUCAUAGUUUCCGACUUGGAUGAACGGAAAUCGGAGGACGGAAACUUUAGAGUUUGGGCGCGCCACGAAGCCAUUAACCAGGCGCAAUAUAGCUUGAAUAUCGGCCCGAAGAUACUCAAGUACUACGAGGAGUACUUCAAGAUCAAAUUCCCUCUGCCAAAGAUGGAUAUGGUCGCCUUGCCUGACUUCUCCGCCGGCGCCAUGGAAAAUUGGGGCUUGAUCACUUAUAGAGAAAUCGCGAUGUUGUACCAGGAAGGAGUUUCGACCAGUAGCAAUCAGCAGCGUGUGGCCACCGUGGUAUCACACGAGCUCGCGCAUCAGUGGUUCGGAAACCUGGUGACCCCGAGUUGGUGGACGGAUCUUUGGUUGAACGAAGGCUUCGCCAGUUACAUCGAGUACAUCGGCAUGAACGCGGUUGAACCAUCGUGGCGAGUCUUGGAACAGUUCGUCGUACACGAUCUUCAGAAUGUAUUUGCCCUGGACGCUUUGGAAUCUUCUCACCCCAUAUCCAUCGAGGUCGACCAUCCCGACGAAAUCAGUGAAAUUUUUGACAAAAUUUCCUAUGGGAAAGGUGCUUCCAUAAUAAGAAUGAUGGACCAUUUCCUCACCACAGAAGUUUUCAAGAGAGGUCUGACUAAUUAUCUGAAUGGAAAAGCCUAUCAAAGUGCCGAGCAGAACGAUUUGUGGUACGCUUUGACCGAGCAAGCUCACAAAGACAAGGUACUCGAUCCAAGCAUAACUGUCAAACAGAUCAUGGACACUUGGACCCUGCAAACCGGCUUUCCCGUGGUCACCGUUACGCGAAAUUACAACAACGGUAGCAUGACGCUCACGCAGGAACGCUUCCUGCUUCGUAACAGCAGCACGACGACCGCGAUUCACAAGGAGCCAUUAUGGUGGGUGCCGAUCACUUAUACGACCGAGAAGCAAUUAAAUUUCAACAACACUCAACCCUCCAAGUGGAUGAAAGCGGAACGUUCGAUCACCCUGAACGAUUUGGACGUGAGUCCGUCUCAAUGGAUAAUUUUCAACGUGCAGGAGACUGGAUACUACAGAGUGAAUUAUGACAGGGCAAACUGGCAGAUGAUAAUCAAGCAGUUGAACAAGCAAAAUUUCAAGGAUAUCUCAACGAUCAAUCGAGCGCAGUUGAUCGACGACGCUCUCAAUUUGGCUAGAGCCGGCAUACUCGACUACAAUAUCGUCCUCGACGUUACAUCUUACUUGGCCCAUGAGACGGAAUAUUUGCCUUGGAAAGCAGCCUUCAAUGCCUUGAAUUACCUCGACGACAUGCUAAUCAAGACCCAGGGCUAUGACAAAUUCAGAUUGUACGUGUUAAAACUACUGGACAACGUAUACAAGCAAGUCGGCUUCACUGAUAAAGUGGCGGACCCUCAGCUGACGGUUUUCACGCGAAUCGAUGUUCUAAGUUGGGCCUGCGUCUUCGGCCACGAGGACUGCCUCCUGAAUGCUGUGCAACAAUUCCGCAAUUGGCGCAACACUCCUAACCCGGAUGUCAAUAAUCCAAUCUCGCCAAACUUGAAGGGCGUCGUCUACUGCACGGCUAUUCGAGUGGGCGGACAAAGCGAAUGGGAGUUCGCUUGGCAGCGCUAUCGCUCGACCAACGUCGGAUCAGAGAAGGAUCUGCUGUUGCAAGCUCUGGGCUGCACGAGGGAGCCGUGGCUACUAAAUCGAUACUUGGACUGGAGCGUCACGGAAAAUUCAGGCAUCAGGAAGCAGGAUUCCUCCCGAGUGUUCGGCGCGGUAGCCAACAACGUUGUCGGCCAGCCGAUCGCGUUCAACUACUUCAGGAACAAGUGGACGCGCAUCAGGGAAUAUUUCGGAACGUCGCUGUUAACCGUCAAUAACAUCGCCAAGUCGGUCACCAGGGGUAUAAGCACGAAAUACGAGCUGAAAGAUCUGCUGGAAUUCGCGACUGAGCACAAAGAGGAACUGGGCAGCGCGACACGAGCCGUGCUACAAGCAGUGGAGCAAGCGGAAGCCAACAUACGGUGGAUCGACAAUAAUCACGCAACGAUACGUGACUGGCUGCGAAAGAACACCGCGUAAUAAAUAUGUUCGACAGCAAAUUUAGUCUUCCGUGGUAUCGAGUUUAUUCGCAGAGCGAUGCUUUCCGGGCGACAAUUGAUAUCGCACGUGCGCGCGAGCGCGCGUGCGCGAUUUAAUUCUCCGCCGAGUUUGCCGAAUUGUUCGCGCGGAGAUUUGUCCAUUCGUACACAGCAGAUCACCAUAGCCGGAACACGCGGAACGAAAUCGCCAAAUAUAGUCUAUCCGGGUUGUAUAAGAGGAUAUUAUGUGUUUUUGUAUCUAUUUGUAAAUAUAUAUAUACGGCCAGCAUUAUGUCGUAUGUACAUGAUAUUUAUAAAAUUUAUGAGAGUAACAGAGCGGGCUAGAGCUCUCCGGUGUAUGCGCGUUUACAUUCCCCGUUAUUCCCUGUUCGCUAGAUUUAAAGGGAAUAUUUUGAAUAUCUCCCGAGUGUGAUAACGUUAGGGAUCUCUUUAAAAAGAUAAAAGAAUGUUGGAUCUCCCUCGCGUCGUGAUCGAUAUCACUCAGGGCCCGAAGAAUUUCGACAUAAAGGAUAACUUGCAAAUUAGCGAGUAACGGAGAUGAUCCCAGGUUCGAGGUAAAAGUCAAUAGACACUACUGAGAUGCGAACUCUCAUCGGGAAAUCUUUCAACCUUUCAAUUGUUCAUGAAUUGUUCUUUCUUAUUGAGCGUUCAAACGAUUGAUAAGUAUGCAAUUUGAAACACGCGACAAAUAAUUGUACGUUUAUCUGCGUGUUUGUAAAAUAGAGGAAUAAUAAAAAAAAUAAAGCGACAAUUUUCACGAAUCACUAGAAGAAGAAAGAAAACUAGCAAGUUAAUACACCGACAUUUUUCAAUGUAACAAUCUAGCUCUAUUGUGCGCAAAAAGAGAAUGUUACUUCAUCCUGUUAAUAAGAAUGUCAUUUUUCCAGCGACCUUCGCUGAGACCUUCAUUACAAUAUAUGUUGAAAGUGACUAUUUUCUGAAUCGCCUACCAACAAAGAUAAUAAAAGAAUUUAUAUAUA